CGCUUCUGCAUUGUUAAGACGAAACUCGCGGAGCUGCUGGAGUUGCCGGGGAGCGUCUGUUGUACUUAAAGGAAAUAACAUCCAAAACACUGAAAUCCAACUGUGUCAUAAAAAUAUAUCUUUCAAAACAUUGAAAGCAAAGAUGCCAUCAGUGACCGCUGGCGACAAUGCUGUUCACUCCUCCAGUCCGGACUUGGGCUCUGCGCCGUCAGAAGCCCUCAAGCAAGUUCUUGUUGUAAUUGACAAGAAAGUUCGCAACAUGGAAAAGAGAAAGAGUAAGCUGGAUGAUUACCAGACCAGGAAGGAUAAAGGAGAACGUCUCAACCAGGAUCAGCUGGAGGCUUUAUCUAAAGCUCCGGAGGUGGCUCACAACUUGGACUUUGCCCGUGAGUUGCAGAAGAGCUUCCUGGCUUUAAAUGUGGAGAUCCAAAAAACAGUGAAAAAGGCGACCCGACGAGAGCAGUUGAAGAGGGAGGAGGCAGAGCGCAAGCGACUGAAGGCCGUGUUGGAGAUGCAGUACCUGCUGGAGCAGCUCGGGGAGGAAAGUGUGAGGCAAGAGCUGACUCUGUCCACCGGAGAAGCCCCUCUGCUCACAGAGGCCGAGCUUAUGGGUCUGGAUGAGUUCUACAAGCUGAUUGGGCCUGAGCGGGACUCUAGCGUAAGGUUGGCUGAGCAGUUUGAUGAAGCAUCCGUGCAUUUGUGGGAGCUUUUAGAGGGAAGGGAUAAAGCUGUGGCUGGAACCACAUACAAAGCCCUUAAGGAAACCUUGGACAAGAUGCUGCUAAGUGGGUACUUUGAUCGUGCUCCAACACAUCAGAAUGGAGUGUGUGAAGAAGAGACGGGAGCCACAGUGGUGGAGUCAUCAGAGAGCGAGGAACAUCCUGCUGAGCCAGAGGGAGCUGCUCAGGAAUACUCAGAGACGGAGGUUGAAGCAACAGAGUUUGUAAACAGACAGUUCAUUCCAGAAGCCGCUUAUAGCAGCAGUGAAAAAGAGCAAGGAGCAGAGUGGAACACAAGUUCUCAGGUGGUUAGUGUCCUCCAGCAGCCACAGCAGCCUCCUGCAGCCAUGAGCCCGACUCUGAUGAGCUCAGAAGCCCAUACGCUGAACGCCGUCCUCCCUCCUCCUCCUGCAACAGAUCCAGUGGUCCGAAAGCAGGCAGUGCAAGAUCUCAUGGCGCAAAUGCAGGGUACCUUUAACUUCAUGCAGGACUCAAUGCUGGAGUUUGAAGGGCCGCCUUUAGAUCCUGCCAUUGUGUCAGCGCAGCCUAUGAAACCCGCACAGAUGGUCUGUCCACCAGAAUCCCGACUCCCCCAACACAACGCUCUUUCUGUUCAGCCUGAACCCACACAAGUCCCAAUGGUCUCUGCCUCCACACCCCCGCUCUAUCAGCCCCCCCAUACCUCAGAGCCACGACCGCAGACGGACACCAUUGACCCCUUACAGGUCUCCAUGCCCCUGCCGUCUGAGCAGCCCCCCACCCCUUCCUCUCAGCCUCAGGUGUUUCAGCCCAAACCCCUUCACAGCGGCAUCAACGUUAACGCAGCUCCAUUCCAGUCCAUGCAAGCGGUGUUUAAUAUGAAUGCUCCAGUUCCCCCAAACAAUGAGAUGGACUCUCCGAAGAUUUCCAGCCAAUAUCAGAGUAGUUACGGUCAAGGCUUCAGCACACAAGCUUCCCUUCCAGCUGAGCAGCAGGAAAUGCCUCAAGAAGUCCUGCAGUCAGUUGGCCCUUUCCAGUCUCAAGACCAAGGUAUUACAUCUGCGGGGGGACACCAGUCUGCGCCACAGCAGCCCUCGGGACAGGGAACAGGAUUUGGGCGGCCUGGCCAGUCUUUUUACAGCAACAGAGCAAUGCCACGAACUGGACCCAGAAAUCCAAGAGGCUCUUUGAAUGGUUACCGUGGACCAUCAAAUGGAUUUAGAGGUGGAUACGAUGGGUAUCGUGCUCCAUUCCCCAACACUCCUAACACCGGAUACGGUCAAACUCAAUUCAGCACUCCAAGAGAUUACUCCAACAACACCUACCAACGGGAAGGAUAUCAGCAAAGCUUCAAGCGAGGAGUCGCCCAGGGACCUCGAGGUUGCUCUCGAGGACGAGGGGGAUCAUAUCGGUCCAGCAGAGGAAUGGGUCCCAUGGCUGCCCAGCAGACCAGCUAAACCCAGUCCAUUUAUCCAUUAUCAGCCCCGUUCCACCCUUUUAUCUCCUCCAUCCGUUUGGACUCUCAAACAUGAGCCGUGCCACUCCAGACCAUGUAGUUAGAUGACUGCAUCUUAGCAAGUAAGGACACAAACAAUGGUUUUGGGAAACCGAUAUCAAAGAGACUAUAGCACUCCCAGCACCGUACUCUCAAAAGCUUUCUCUCAAUCAUAUGCUAUUGCACAGCCUUUACACAUUUGAGACAGAACACGUGCCUUUGAUUAUGGGUGUCUGGAUUUUAGCUGGUGGAAUGACGACUUGCGUAGUAGCUGGAAUGGCCACUAGAUGAUGAAUGUGAAGUACACCAUAUACCAAAGGCACUUCGUUUUUGGCCAAACAAACUGUUAAGUGAAUGUGAAGAAUUGACUUGUACGUACUGUAUUGCAACGUGAUUUCUCUCUUUAUUUUGGCUCUGCCAAAUGGUUUACAGGAAAUGCAUUGUACUGUAUGUGGCUGAUUGACUGCUUCAUUGUAUUUCUUCCAAUUACUGUUGAUUUAGACUCGAUGCUAAUCAAUAAAUGAUUUUUGAAGGAUAA